GGCCGCAAACCGGGGUCACGCGGGAGCCGGUCGCCGGGGCGACGCGUGAGGUCUGCCCGCUGCCGGCACCGCCAUGGCCCCUAAGCGGGCCAAGGCCAGCGGGGCGGCGGCGUCCGCCUCCGCCUCCUCCUCCGGGGCAACUGCAGCGAAGAGCUGGGAGGCUGCGCUGGUGUCCGCUCCCCUGGAGGAGGAUGAUUGGAAGCCUAGCAUCGCUUUUGUGGUGGGGGCCAAAAUUGAGGAUGAAAUCCACACCAAGGCCUUGUCCCUUGCUGUCCAGGUGCCACAACGGAAGCUCUUCAGCGUGGUAACACGUGAAGAUAUCUUCAGACAGAUUGCAGAAUCUGGAAGUCAAAAGGGGAAAAAGGUUAAGGAUGUGCCUAUGUUCUAUGAGGUAGUAGAAGUAGCCAAAGCCAUUUUGGAUAGUGGAGAAGAAAUUCCUGUAACACUAACUGGAAAGCUAUUGAAAUUUCAACUGCUUUGCAUUAAACAGAAGGAUCUUCAGAGAAGGGAAGCUGAAAAGGCUGAAGAAGAGCGAAAAAAGGAAAAGAAUGGAGGGAAAGAGAAAGGCAAACCUCUUGGCAAGGAGAAGCCCCCUAGUGCCAAGACAACUGAGAAAGAAAAAAAAGGAAAAAAGGGAGAAGCAGUCCCUCCAAUGCCAGUUACUGUUAAAAAAAGUACCCAAUUGAAGCGACGAGGAGAAAAGGAAGAGGAAUACAAAUACAUUGAUGAUGAACCAGAUGAUGGUGCCCAUUAUUACUUUAUAAUUUUGGGUUUCCACAACCUUCAGCUUCUGCCAGUGAUGUCUGAGCUUGGAGUUAAUAUCUCAAGUGUAAUCAGGAUUUCUUCUGAGAAUUAUGAGCCAUUGCAGACAUACUUGGAAGCAGCUAGAUUUCAAGAAGAAUCUUUACUUUCACCUGAAGAUGUAGAAGCAGAGAAAAUGAAGAAAGAUGAAUCUGUCAAAGACCUGGAAACAUUUUGGAAAUACCUGGAGCCAGUCCUGAACAGUGGAAAGCAUGGGUCAAGACUCUUUGAUGUUGCCAGACUUCAUCACCUGGUUAAGGAGAAUGCCUUUCCCUCUGAUUGGUCUGACAAAGAAAUCCUGCUUGCAUUUGGCACUGAGCUAUUUGAAAGCAUUGCUUGUUUAAUGUAUGACUGCAUAGACUGGAGAAGACAGCACUGUAACUACUUGGAAAACACCAAGUUUAUUAAUGUGCCUGAAUUAUCAGAAAGCAAAUCGACACAGCCGCCUGUAACCAAGGUACAGCCAGCAUCACAGUUUACAACUUCAAAGAAAAAGGGGCAAGCAGAAGAAGUUCUGACAACAGAAAUUUUAUCACAAGAGGAAGAAUUUUCUUUUAUGGCUACUCCUAUGGAUAUGAGAUACUACAAUGACUUGCUGAAUCAGAUUCCCGAGGAAUGCUUUUCUGUGCCCAUAAUGCUGAACUGCAUGCUGGAACAGGUUAUUGCAAGUGAAGAAAACCUUACACCACCUAGUCUGGUGGUGCCGGAACAACAGGUAGAUGGGAUCCAUCAUAAGAUUGCAGAUCAUAUAGCCUCUGUCCUUCCUUCACUUCCACUUUCUGAGAGUGAAAAAAAGAAUCUGUAUGACUACUUUUCUCCAAAAUACUGUGAAGAAACUGUAACCCCCAAGUACCCACUCUUAUUUAACUACCAUGAUACUCUAGCCCAGCGCCUGCACCUGCUGAAGUUCCAAGACAACUUAAAUCCAAAAAAGAUUGAACGUGAAAUGAUGGAUAAAUUGCCUCUUAAAGAACUUAUCAGUUUCACCCUUCCUUCAGCUGAAAAUGACACUAAACGCUUGGCCAGAGUUCACGAGCUCAUGCAUUAUUGUACCAGUGAACUUCUGAGUUGGGCUGAAGUAGAAAGAGCCUUCAGAGUGUUUACUUUUGAAAGCCUGAGGUUGACUGAGCUGAGUGACUCUGGACUCCUGGAGAGCUCUGGAUCUCUGGUUGGAGGUGAUUCUGAAGUGUCUUGUAUACCCUGGGAUAAUCCAGCCAAGUUUGCAAGGCAGCUGAGACAACUCUUCCUUAUGGAAAUGAAAUUUAAUGGGAAAUCACCAGGAGGCUCUGGACAUGCAGAAAUAAAUGACAAGGAUGAAAGAGAUGGUCUGGCUGAUUCUGUUUUAAACAAAGAAUUGGAUCUUUCUACUUCUGAUCUGGCAAGUCUGGAAAAUUAUGGCCUUGAAUCAAAACUGGAAGAAAUAAAAAAGACUCAGAAACGUUGUCUUACAGACUGGAAUUUUGUUGAGCAUUUUCAUCCUGAUGUUCUUCUUCAGGUUCUUCAUACUGCAUCCCAGGAAUAUAGAUGUAUCGAUUCCUAUUAUCAUACACAAGAUAACUCUUUGCUAAUGGUUCUUCACAAUCCUAUGAAUCAGAAUCGUUUGUGCCAAGAGACUUGGAAUGUUGCAUUGCACUCUAAUGUUGGAUUCAGGAACUAUCUUGAGCUGGUGGCCAGCUCAAUUGAAGACUGGGUGAAAGAAGAAGAAGUCAAGUACCAAGAAGAGAAAAUAGCUAGGGAAAUAGAAGCUCUUAAACUGGGAGGAGGCAUGACAGAAGGACCAUCUGAAUUUUCCAACAGUGCUGUCAAAAAGCCUGGCUUCUCUAAGAAAGCUACAAACAGCACAUCAAGACCUGAGAGCAUAAUGGACACCAUUAUAGAAUCUCAAUCCAGCAAUGAAAGAGAUCCUUUUAUUAGAGAGGGUUCUCUUAAGGCUAGUAAAGAGAAACAGAAUCAAUUACUAGAGGAAGAACGACUUAAGGAAGAGAAAAAAGCAAAAAAAGAAAAUUUAAGUGGUAAAAUGAAAAGACAGGAGACAGUAAUAUGUGAAGAAAGUGAAGAUUCCAAUAAGACAACUUCCAAAGAGAAGCUUAAGGAUGAGCCAGCAAAACUCCCUGAAGCUGUGGAGGAUUCCAGCAUCCCAGAAACACAUUCUGAGAAAAUUUAUAAGUUUCUUGGUUACAACACAGGGGAGAGUCUCAUUCAAGUAUCUGGAAUCAAUCACUAUCUUUUCCCAUCUGACGGAGGACAGAUUCAGGUAGAGAAGAUAGAGUUUGUAAAAGGUCUAACUUUGGUAAAGGUGAAAGUGGUAAAGGACAACCACAACUUCUUCAUCCAUAUCACAGACCCCAAGAAAAACUUAACAGAAAUUGAAGUGCAAGAAAAUAACGAAGAACAGAAAAUUGCACCAGGAAAAAACAAAAAUCAAAAGAAAGCUGUGAGCAAGUUUGGAUCUUUUUCAGCCACCUUGGAAAAUGGAAUCCAGCUGUCCCUGAGCUAUUACGGACCUACAGGGAAGACAGCAGGUGAUGAAACAGAUCCUGUCUUAGCAGCAAUUCUGAACGUUCCUUCUGUUCAUAUUCUGACUGUUCCUCCUUCUACUACAUCAGCUUCAGGAAAAAAAGAUAAGUCAGUCAAACAAAAAUCAGGAAAAUCUCUGCCAUCUACAAAAUCAAGCAUUAGCAGAAUAAGCUCUUCACCACCAGACAACCAUGAAAAACAAGAAGGAAAGGUGGAAGUAGAAGAACCAGCUUCCCAAACACAAGUGAUGUCAGCUGCUCUUGCUUUCCGAAGCCUCAAUGCCUCCUGUCCCAAUGGACUAGUAUUAACUUUCCUUGGUGAAAGUUUUGAAGAUUUGGAAGGUGAAGCCACUACAGCUGAAGCCAAGGAAGAUGAGGUUGAGAAAGGUGAGAUUAGAACAGAUAAACUCAGUGAAGAGGAGGUUGAGAAAGGGCAGACCAAAGCAUAUGAAGCCAAGGAAGAGGAGGCUGAAAAAGGUGAGACCAAAGCAAAUGAAGCAAAGGAGGAGAAGACUGUGGAAAGCGAAGAGAAGGAACAUGAGGUUAUAGAAGGUGAAAUAAAGCAAGAAGACACCAAAAGAGAAAAGGCCAAGCAACCAGCUUUGAAAAUUCUUGUUAGGCAAAGUUAUCCCCAGAAGGUGAAGAACUCUCGUCUAUAUGCAUCAGUGACGGGUCAAUUGGAACAGGAGGUAUCAAGAGUCAUCACCAGUCAAGGAACUGUCAUAAGAUACAUGAUGGAUGGAUCUACCUGGAUUCUGUUUGCUGAUGGCACAGUGAGUAGAAGUCCUGAUUCUGGCCCUGUCCUACCCCCACCUGUAAUUCCAGAUAACACUCAACCAUUAUCAGAACCAGAGCCUUUACCUGAGAUGAGCACUAAGAAAGGAAAAAGCAGUGACAAAAACGCUGUAUUGCACCCAAACAAGGAUGAAGUAUUUGAAGAUAUUGUUCAGGAUCUGGUUAAUCCUCAGCAACCUAAGGAGAAUCAAGGAGGAACCUGGAUAACAACAACCCCGUUAGGCAUUCAAGUGGGAACCAUAGGAGGAAGGCAGAUGGAUCUGGAGCCACUCUUAUUCUAUCAGGCAACUGACCCGGCUGAUGGAAUGGUUAUGACUGUACGAGACGAUGAAGUGAUAAUUGUUGAGAAGCUGGAUGGUAGCAGAGUAGUAGAUCAUGUGGAUGGUACUAGGAUCACAACUUUUUACCAAGACUGUGAAGAACAUCUCACACCUCAGGAUAGCAAGAAAACAGAUGAACUUUCAGAAAUCAUCACAAGGAAAGUGAAAUGUAUUCGAGUAGAAAAUCCCAAAUUUGCUACUGUUACAACAAAUUGUGAGGAUGGUACCUGUUGUACCAUCUUUGGAGAUGGGACAUCUAUUAUAGCAAAGCCACAGGGAACAUAUCAGGUCUUACCCAUCAAGACAGGCUCCCUUUUCAUUGAUGAGGAUUGCUCAGCAAUUUAUACCCAUGAAGUCUGCAAUUUCGCCACCAAGAAGGAAGGGAAACAAGCAGGGAGAUAUGUUAUGAAACACAAUUCCAGCACUAUUUGUGAGGUGAUGGAUCCUGAAGGAAAUCUCUUCAAGGUCAUGGCUGAUGGCAACACAUCUGUGCUUGCUCAAAGCAUUGGCUUUGACAGCAAAGAGAAUGAAAGUUCAGCAUCGGUACUCCCAGAUGUUAACAAAUCUAUCACUUAUGAUGAGCAUGUCCCCAGGUUCUUCAUCAUCCGUAUGGAUGGUUCAGGAAGCGAACUCCUGCGGUGCAAGGAUGUGGAAGAGUAUCUUGCUGAGGUCUGUGGUGAUCCAGCUGUUGCAGUCUUGCAGGAACCUGUACAAGAAUAUCCAGGUGCUGUAAGUAUUACCAUCCUCUUCCCUUUGUCUGAAGCCUCUCCCUGGGUAAUGAAGAAAGAACCAGAGAGUAUUGUUCCUCCAAAUCUUCAGCCAAGGACUUGGAAUGCAUUUUCUCCUUGUGAGAAGGAGAUCACAGUCAGAACACAUAGUUGGAAGGGUCUCUACAUCGGAUCCAAAGAGGAGACAUGCUUACCGGUACCUGUGCGAAAAUGUCCUAAUAAACUGCAAAUCCGCCAGCUGUUCCAGUAUGAGCCACUCAGUGAUGAACUAAGAGAGAAGAUACAGCUUUCUCUCAAGAAAUACAUAGAAAACAUUUUAAAGCAGGAAGAUGAACAGGAAGAGAUUAAUUUAAAAGAACCAAGAACAGAAGAGGAAAAAGAGAACGCUGCAAAUCUCCUCAAUCUGGUUAAGUUCUUCCCUAACUGGGAUGAGUCAUCUGAAGAUCUCGGUGCCAAAGGCCCUGCCACUGUCACAAGAGAGCAGAGCUCAGAGCUGCAAGCAACCAUGAGGCCUCUCCUCUGCUCCGAGCACACCAAGAGACUUCAGCUGCUCUUCACACAUCUUGUCCUCCAGACCCUUCCCCAUCUUACAUUGCUGUACCCAGUGCUCGAGGUGAGGCUGCACAGUGCACAGCACAGCUGGACAAUCCCUUCCCCCUGCCUGGCUGGCAGUGCUGGGCCUGAUGCACCCCAAGGUACGGUUGGCCCUUUGGGCUGCCAGGGCAUACUGCUGACCCAGAUUCAACUUGACAUCAGCCAGAACCUCUGUGGGCUGCUCUCCAGCCCCACUUCCCCUGGUCUGUAUGUAUAGAUAGCCAGUAUUGCCCCAUACCAGGUGCUCUCGUGAACUUUAUGCAGUCAAUAUUUGUUUUUCUUUGUGAAUUUCGACAUGAGUUUUCAUAAUGUAGCUGUUAGCAUUUAUUAAUAUUUUAACUGGUUUCAAAUAUUUUUUUUUUCUCUCAAUAUUCCACAGUAUUCUAUCUUACAGUGAUGUUAUUUUUCUGCCCCUCUUACCUUGCCAAGUGUAUUUCUGCUUGUUAAAAAGAUACCAAAACACAAUACGCAGUGGAAAUUGAAAUUUCUGCAACAAAGGCUUGCUACAGUUUUCUGAUUUAAAAAAAAAAAACAUAAUAAAAAUGUGCUUGUAAUAUACCAUUAUUAACAAAAAAGAUAUUGUGAGAGAAGCUCACGAAAAGAGGCAAAAUAGAGAAGAAAAAAACAAACAGGAAAAUACAAGUAUAUUUUAUUGUGAAAAAGUUGCUAAUGGGUUCUUAUUUCUCAAUACUCCUAUAUCUUAAGUUUAACCAUAGAAAUUUCUUUUGAACAAAGGAAAUUUCUUUGAAUUCAGAGUCUAGAUUCAAUGCUUGAAAGAAGCAACACAGUUUAUAAAUGAUGUGAGUGGACAGGUAAACUCUUUAUAAAAGCUCUCCAAUUUGUCUCAGUCUUACAGGCUGGCUUUUCCCCACUGUACAUAUUAAACUAAUAGUUCCUUCCCUGAUAAUGUUGAUUGUGGCUAUGAAGCAGCAGCAAUUAAGUACAACCUAAGUAGGCUGAAAGUAAUAAAGGUACCUUAAAGCCUACAUUAUUUUCUUUACCUGGAGACAGACUUGCUCGCUAGUCAGAAUGUGACUGAAUGUCAGCAACUUCUCCUAUUCACAGUUAUUUGAUUUGUAUCUUGAAAGAACAUAAAUAUAUUUCAGGAAAUAAGGAGUGGGGGUAUGAACUUAAUAUGCUUCUGAUUUUGUUGUGGGUUUUUUUGCUUUUUUUUUCCAUUGGAUUGCAUUAAUUUCCUAUCAGCUAACAUCCUGAACUUGAUGUUGGAAAUGAAGAUCUCUAGGCCUCUUACCUCACAGUAAUAAGGAAUCUGUAAUUGGCCUUUCUCAUAUUAGUGUUUAUUGUCUGUAGAAAACAGAAGAGUCCAGUUUUCUCUUCACCUGGCUCUGGAGUAUUUUCCUGGCAAUGAAUCUUUAAUUUGAUUAAAAGUGACUACUAAGAACUAAUUUUAUCUUCACAGUUUCAACCAUAGCUUUUCAUCAAGUAUUAGAAAGAUGCAUUAAAAAUACACCCUUUUAAGUUUGUUAGUUGUAAUGCUUACAAGCACUUAGCAGAACAUGU